GAAGGGGCGGAGCGCCCGCCGGCCCAGCACCGCACCCGAGCUAGCGACCGCUGCGGGAGGCGCGAGUUAGCCCGGCGGCCGCUUUGCUAUCCCGGCCCUUUGAUCCUGGCCGUUGCUCCGGGGCCGGCAGAGCCUACGAUGAACCUCGGUUCCAGGCGCUGGGCAGGCAGCGAUAUUGGGUCCAUGGCUCCAGCGAUGACUCCGGUGGCGGCUCCGUUGUCCCUGGCUGUCAAGGCCCCAAACCCGGCAGCAGCCCCCACCUCCUAUGGGGUCUUCUGCAAGGGGCUCUCUCGCACCCUGCUCGCCUUCUUCGAGCUGGCCUGGCAGCUUCGGAUGAACUUCCCGUAUUUCUACAUCGCAGGCUCGGUGAUCCUCAACAUCCGCUUGCAGGUACACAUUUAGAAAAGUGACUAAGCUGCCGGCCUUGGGCGGCUAGCAUGAUGGCCGACUCCCAGGCAUUCCCGGGACUUAGUGAACCUGCGAGCGAGGAGCUCGGAGAUCUCGCGAGGGGGCCCGGACGCACUCCGCGCCUGCGCUCUGCGCUCCUAGCGCUCCCAGCGCUCCCUGGACCGUGGCGGGACCCCUGCUAGGACCAAAAAGAGGCCUUAGGGGAGUCCGGGAAUUGAGACCUUCAGCUAAAACCAAAAAAAAAAAAAAAAAUCAGAAACUUUGUAUUCUUAAACUCCGAUCGAAUUCCAGGAUAUAACAGAAGGACACAGAAUAUAUCAUUAAAAAGGAAGACCGAAUUUUUCAGGAAAAAAAAAAAAAUUGUGCAACAAAUUCAUGGCCUGAGUGAAAAUUAAGAAAUCAGUAAACUUAGGGAAUACCGGUGUGGAUUGUUAGCAAGACGCUGAAGAAAAAGCCGAUGGUAUUAAGGAUAUGAAAUGGAAGGCAUAUGUUUUUUCAUCCCACGUGAAGGACGAAGCAAAACUGUACAGGAAAAACAUCCUCCAAACACUAAAUGUGAAAUGCUGCACGAUUUUGAACAAAUGGUAGAAGCGUGAGAAAAUGCAUUCUGCUUUAACUUCCUGUGAGCAGCAUUGGGAUCACGAUCUUUGCAAAAAGGAAAUCCAAACAGCAUAAAACUUGGCUAUUCAUUGAAUAAUAUUUUACCAUCAUAAUGCAAAUUCUAUGUGUGGUUUUUUUCCCCUUCUAAGGAAAUAUUUAAUUAUGGUUACAGAAUAGAAUGUGAAAGUCAUUAGUCUUGAUGUAAAAAUACAAAUGGGAAUGUUGUAGGAGGGAGGAAAACGUAAUUGGAAUGGUUACAUGUUCUAAUAAAGUGAAGAGUUGAGAGACACA